AUGUACUACACACAGCAAGGAUUCCAGCAAAAUCCAUCUAUGUACUACACGCAGCAAGUAUGCCAGCAAAAUUGGCGGGUGUCCCACUCAACCAAGUACGGAUGGUCUUGCAGCCCGUACAACCAGCCGGCUCCUCAAUACGUGAGCCGGCCGAACAAUCACCUGUGGGCCACUCGGCGUCAAUCUCCGUUACAGCCCCAGGCCCAGGUUCAGGCCUCGUCCGUUCAAGCGGCGCCGAUCAGCUCCUCCUCCUCCGCCCCAGCCCCCGGCGAACAAUGGCGCGGCCGCGAUGGCCUCGCUCUGAGUAAUGCGGAGUAUCAGAGGCGCCUCAUUAAUAACCUUUGCUUAUACUGCGCCUCGCCUCGCCACUUUGUCCAUGAUUGUCCGGACGAGCACGAAAAACAGCGACGUAAACGGGACGAGGUCAGUAAGGGAGCGUACCUGGGAUAUGGGCUGCUGGUAGAGAACUCGGUGGCUGAUCAGCAGCAGCAGCAACAACAACAACAGCAGCAGCAGCAGCAGCAGCAGCAGCAGCAGCAGCAGCAACAGCGGCAGGGUGCUGAGCAGGAGCUGCAUGAAGAAAACGAAGAGAAGGAGGGGGAAGCGAAUGGAGAAGAGCCACAAAACGAUGAGAAGGCUCGAGAGAAUGGCGAGGAGAAGGAGGAGGCGACGGAAGACUCUACCGACGGCACGACCGUCCUGGAGAGACUGAUUGAUGCGACUCCUCAACCGCCGCUGAUUACGCCUAGACGCCGCACAAACUCGUCCCCGCUGACGCCCUCUUUCGAUUGCUAUUUUCAAUUAAAGCAGUCGGCUGAAUGGCUGGCUGCAAAUACACGACGCCGCAAUUCAAUGCCCUGCAGCCAUUAG